AUGGAGCUGGCAGAACAGAUAGACGAUUCGACAUUCUGCACAAUGAACGAUAACACCCCCACCAGAGUUAUUGGUAAUUGCCAAAGCUCGCCAGACAUAACAAUUGCGAGUGCUGGUCUGAUAAACAGUAUAGUCUGGCGACCUAUACUGACGUUAGCAUCGGACCACUUGCCCAUACAUAUCUCGAUUGAAAGGCCUCCUGACUUUGUUUCCGCGGACCACCGGACAUUCGUUAACUUUAAAAAAGCUAACUGGCCCGGAUUCACGGAAUUUACCGAGAACGCCUUUAGUGCUCUUCCCACUCCAACGGACGUCACCGCUGGUGAACGCUCAUUCCGCAGGGUCGUCGUGACCGCUGCCGCCCGCUUCAUCCCGGCAGGCCGAAUUGCGGAAAUCCGCCCUAAUUUUCCGACAGAAGCGGCGGUACUAGCAACCAGGCGCGACACCCUUCGAAGCUCCGAUCCCGGGAAUCCCCUAAUCAGGGAUUUAAUCGCGGUUAUUCGAAGAGUUGUCAACAGUCAUAAGCGGAAAAAGUGGGAGGAGCACCUAAGGACCUGCAACCUCUCCUCUGGGGCAACCAAGCUCUGGGCCACAGUCAAGUCGCUGUCUAACCCGACGAGACGCGAUGACCAGGUGGAAAUUUCAUUCACCCAGAUAGUCCAUGGCCUCAACCAAAACCGACCCUGCGCGCGAACUGUCCUAGUAGCACUGGGCCUGUCAAAAGAAUUUGACACAGUAAAUCAUUCAGUGCUACUAACGGACAUUGAGGAAUCCUCAUUACCGCCGGGGUUGCAGAGGUGGGUCAUGGGCUACCUGAGUGGUCGACAAUCAUCGGUAAUAUUCCGAGGUAAAACAUCUAAACCCAGAAAAAUUAAACAG